AACGUGGUAUGUACACUUGUUGUUGGAAUAAAUUCUUAUAAUGCAACAACCCUAAUGCGUUUCAUCACUCGAUUACGAAUUUUGUUCGUACCUGUGACCAUUGUCUUGCGACAAAUUCACUGAUCCCCCGAGCAGACGAUCCAUUCUCAGCAACUAUACAUGUGCAGUAUUCCGACGGUGGAAUAUUUUACAAAAAUUUGAACUUAAUCUUCUCUCCCAUCUCUUCAUACGUCCGAGGUCGAAUCAGUUUACUUGUUUCGUUUACCAUACAACGCGUACCAUAUAUCGUUUUGGAAUUUCGACUAUGAAUUCGUUGACGAUAUUGUCGUCGUUCUUACAUCAGAGACUGAUUAGAGAGCGCGCAGUCGCGAUAUUCGCCGCACAUGCUGGAGUGUGUAUAUAACUACACGAGCAGCAGUAAAAGUACGUGGAAGAAUCGUGGAAUCCACUGGAAAGGAAGAACUCUCUUUGAUGGGUGCUCGUCUCUUGUUCAAAAGAUUGGGAGACGCCAACUAAUUAAUACUUCUGAUCAAGGUCGUGAAUUGAAACAACCAUGUGUGGAAUUUGGGCUAUCUUUGGAUUAAACGUGCCGUCUUUAACUCACGUCUGUACGAACUUUGAGAAGAUAGCACACCGCGGCCCGGAAGCGUUCAAAAUCGAAUUUGACCAAGCAGUUAAAAACGGUUACUUUGGAUUUCAUAGACUGGCAAUCGUCGAUAAUCUUCAUGGGAUGCAACCAAUGAGACUUUACAAACAUCCGCAUUUAUUUUUAUUAUGCAACGGCGAGAUCUACAAUCACAAAACCAUCGGUCUACAACACUGUUACUCGUAUGUCACGCAAUGCGACGUGGAGGUGAUAAUACAUAUGUACGAACAUCUCGGCGCCGAAAAUGUCGCCGGUAUGCUCGAUGGCGUUUUCGCAUUCUGCUUGAUGGACAUAAAAAAAAAGAGGAUCCUUAUUGCCAGAGAUCCGUACGGGGUCAGACCACUUUUCAGAUUACGUUCCGACGACGGACAACUCGCAGUAUGCUCGGAGAGCAAGGGGCUCAUGGAAAUGACGAAACAGAUAAAGUCAAAGUGGACAUUGGAACCGUUCCCUCCAGGUUUUUACGAAGAAUACGAAAUUUUAAACGAUGGUAGAACAAAAUUACUGAGCAAAGUAAAUUAUCACAAACCUGGGGACAAGCCCAAGUUUCAGACCUCUGUCGUUUACAAUGAGUUGAGUAGUCUAGACGUGCAUGCAAACAUAAGAAAGCUACUCGUAGCUUCGGUGAAAAAGAGAUUAAUGGCCGACAGAGAGGUCGGAUGUUUGUUGUCAGGUGGUUUGGAUUCAAGUUUGAUCGCCGCUCUACUCGUCAAGUGUGCCAAAGAACUGAACGUAUCGUACAGAGUGAAAAGUUUCGCGAUCGGUAUGGGAGACAGUCCAGACGUCGUCGCGGCUAGACAGGUCGCGGAGCACAUAGGGACGGACCAUCACGAAAUAAUAUUUUCUGAGAACGACGUCGUCGACGUUUUAGACGAGCUCAUUUAUCAGUUGGAGACCUGUGAUAUUACCACUAUUCGAGCUUCCAUCGGCAUGUACAUCAUCUCGAGAUACAUUAAACGUAACACGAAUACGACUGUGAUAUUCAGCGGGGAAGGUGCCGACGAACUGGCGCAAGGAUAUAUUUAUUUCAGAGAUGCACCCAACGCGAUGGAAGCUCACGACGAAUCCGUUCGAUUGUUAAAAGACAUUUACUUGUUUGACGGCUUGAGAGCCGACAGAACGACCAGUGCAUUUAGCUUGGAACUAAGAGUCCCGUUUUUAGACCUUCAAUUCACCAAUUACUACCUCUCGUUGGACGCUGCUUCCAGGCAGCCACAAGGAGGAAUUGAGAAACAUCUAUUAAGAUCUGCGUUCAGCGACACGAAUCUCUUACCGUCCAACAUAUUGUGGAGACACAAGGAAGCGUUCAGCGAUGGUGUAACGUCCGUUAAAAGAUCUCUCUUCCAAGUCAUACAAGAUAUCGUGGACACUCGUGUGACGGACGAGGAAUUGGACAAGGCCUAUAUAAAGUACCCUCACUGUACACCGAGAACAAAAGAGGCUGUUUACUACAGGCAAGUCUUUGAGAAGCAUUACGGGGGACAAGCCGAGAAUUUUGUGCCAUAUUUUUGGAUGCCACGGUGGGUCAAGGUUCACGACCCGUCUGCUAGAUUUAUUGCUCAUUACGCAGCGAAAGACGAAUAAAGGACGAGACUCGUCAGGCUUUACAAAAAUUGUACAGACAGAUAAUUAAAUACAUUGUUACAUGCUGUUAAUCGAUGCAGAUAAAAAAAUGUUCACGCAAA